CACAAAUUACGACUGUGGUCGCACCAUGAAAAAGCUCCAUAUCGUAUCCUCCUGUACAUUGGGGAGACAGCCAGACGGAAAAUAGUUAGUUUCCACUCUACCAGUGCCUCACAAUUUGACAAAGUCUGCCCCCAAAGUGAACAAAUGAGGCUAACAAAUUUGCGCUGGAGAUCCUACAUUUUCGAAGCAGUACCAUUGGACGGCUGGCCACAGCACCGUCUCUACUGGUAGCACCACACGAAGCCUUUGUAAAACACAAAGAGAACUCUACGAGCCAGUGGAAGUUUCGAGUGAGCAAGAGAAGUUACAUUAGCAGUUGGUAUACCAUCGCUUGGAUUCAUCUUUCUUUCGCUGUAGCCUUCGACAACUGAGCCACCAAGAGAAUAUUGCUAUUGCAAACCAUGAGCGGCACGACAGGUUCCAGUACGGGCAGUUCAGAUGUCAGCCUAAAUGAUCUGAGCGCCAACCACAAUAAUGAGCUGUUCGCGAAUGCAGUUGCAGAUUCUUGUGUCGAUGCAUUGGCGCAGAUGGAUCUUUUUCCGCCCCCAGAGCAAGCUCUAGAAGACGGCACCCUUCAGGAUGACGAUAGCAGCAGCAAACCAAAGCCCAAGGAAGACAAACAGUUUCUACUGGCAGAUAAUACUGGAUACGUGGAUGUCAUGGGUGAAACAGAAAAUCUUUGGAACAAGGCAAUAACUACUCUUUCAAAAAACAAAGCUGAAACCCCCAAGAUGCUUCCGAAUAGCUCCACCUAUGAAGACCUUGACACGAAUGGAGUAGCGGGAAAGACUCUAGGAAAAGGAGAGUUUGCAAAAAAGAAGGCUGCCUAUGACAUGAGCCCUAUCAUGUUGGAUGGAGACAUUACGGGAGGAGAGGCUCCUGGCAUGAGCGACAAUGACAACAGAAGGGUAGGAAGGUAA